UAGUAUCGAUACUGAUACUUACAGCCCUGCCACAGAAGAACGAUGGCGCCGCUGAACGAACUACCGGUUGCAGGAACAGAGGCAGCAGCAGCGGUGGUGACGGCAGUAGCGGCAGCAGUAGCAACAGCACGAGUCGCUCUGCGUUUGCCGUGAAAAUUCGCGAGUGGUCCGCGUGACAGUACUCUGGAGGUUACGUUAACAAGCUGAACGAUGAUGUCAAAGAGUUGGUGCCGCGUGAUUCGCGCGAGAUCGAACCAUUCAUCGAAUUGUCAGUGAAUCAUUUUGUUCGCUGUUGCUUUUUUCCUUGUCGUGCGAAACCUCUCUUUCUGUUGGCCAAGAGGGAUAAUAGGCCGGGCCUAUCAGCACAGUAGGAAAAUGGCGGCUUGCCUUGCGCGGCGUAGACGACGAGGGGCAACAAGGCUCUUGGUGUAAAGUAACCGAACGUAAAAAAAAAAUAACCUUUCGUUUCCGUCGAUUGUUCGUGGUGUAAAUUGUGUAGUUUGUGUUCAAUCAUUGACGUGCUAAACGUGAAAACGACAAAUAACAAAAAGAGAGAGGGAGAUAAAAAAGAGAAAAAGGAGGGACCUCGUUAGCGCGAAUACCACGAGUUACGAGAUGAGAGCGGGACGCGAGGAGGAACGAAGGAAAAACAACACGAGAAGCGAGUAACGAAGAACCACUGUGCGUUCCGUUUGUGCACGCGUGUAUGCUCGCAUGAGAGCGAGCGGCGAUCAACGGUGACAAGUGUUCCGUCGACGGGGAACUUCGCCUUAGCCCCACGUCGACAAGAAGAUGAUAUUCCGGGCAUUGAGACACCGCCGUGGCUACGUCGAUCGCGAUCCUCGUGCCGCCGUUUACUGUCGUCGCCAUUGAGCUACGGCCACUUUCGCGAAAAUUAUUUUUUUCGCGAGAGAACAGUGAGGCCGUGGACAACGGGACGACAACGACGACCACGACGAUCACGAGACGAAAAGUUGGAGGAAGAUGAGAGGCGCGUGCGACGGCGGCAUAGCGAGUUUUCUCGCUCUGGCGCUCCUCUGUUUAUUCCACACGUCAUGCCUUGUAGACGGACUGAAGUGUUACUGCGAUAUUUGCACGGAGACCAAUCACACGUGCGAAACUGAUGGCUAUUGUUUCGCCAGUACCAGCUUGGAGAACGAUGUGACCACAUACGCUAAGAGGUGUUACGAUAAGGUGCGUUUCUUCCCGGCGCCCGAUUACUCGUACUGGUGCACAACGAAUAACACGCUACACGGUCCAGGUGACAUGGUAUCCAUGAUCGCCUGCUGCGAUCACUCCGACUUCUGCAAUCUCAACUUAAUGCCCUUUAUUCCUCCUCACGAGUACAGAGGUGGGCCAUACUUCCGAUUGGUCGAUUACCUCGAACGAGUGGCGGCGGGUGAGGAUGACGCGGCAUGGGUCACUUGGAAAAUGGCCUUGAUGAUAGCAAUGCCGAUAUGCGCCAUCUGUGUGGUGGUCAUGGUCAUUUAUCAUGUGCGCAAGACCCCAGAAAGGCCCGGAAAUAGCGAUGACUCGCAAGAGGCACCGGAUCGACCUAUCCUGGGCAGUGUUACUAUUAGGGGUAUGCUGGAAAUGACUACCAGUGGUAGUGGCUCAGUAGGCCUGCCGCUUCUGGUACAGCGAAGCAUAGCCCGCCAGAUUCAGCUGGUGGAGACGAUCGGAAAAGGUCGGUUCGGUGAAGUGUGGCGUGGUCGUUGGAGGGGUGAGAAUGUUGCUGUGAAAAUCUUCAGCUCGCGCGAAGAAAGAUCUUGGUUCAGGGAGGCCGAAAUUUACCAGACGGUGAUGCUCAGGCACGACAAUAUCCUCGGAUUCAUCGCUGCCGAUAACAAAGAUAAUGGUACGUGGACCCAAUUAUGGUUAAUCACGGAUUAUCAUGAGAAAGGUUCGCUGUUCGAUUAUCUGAACAGAUCUACCGUGGACACAAAUGGCAUGAUCAGGAUGGCCUUGUCGAUUGCUACCGGGCUUGCGCAUCUUCACAUGGAGAUCGUUGGUACUCAAGGGAAGCCCGCCAUUGCUCACAGGGAUCUCAAGUCAAAGAACAUCCUUGUGAAAACGAAUGGCACAUGCGCGAUUGGUGAUCUCGGAUUGGCUGUCAGACAUGACGUAAUAACAGACACCGUCGAUAUACAAUUGAACAAUCGGGUCGGCACUAAGCGAUAUAUGGCACCCGAGGUUCUCGAAGAGACGAUAAACAUGAACCAUUUUGAUUCCUUCAAGAGGGCUGACGUAUACGCUCUCGGGCUGAUCCUUUGGGAGAUCGCGAGGCGAUGUAACGUCGGCGGAAUCCACGACGAAUAUCAGCUGCCGUUUUACGACUUGGUGCCUUCCGAUCCGACGAUUGAAGAGAUGCGUAAAGUUGUGUGCACCGACAGACAGAGGCCGUCGAUACCGAAUCGGUGGCAGUCUAUUGACGCAUUGCAAGUGAUGUCAAAGGUGAUGAAAGAAUGUUGGUAUCACAACGCGGCAGCUAGAUUAACCGCGCUUAGGAUUAAAAAAUCUCUGGCCAAUUAUGGCGCAAUGGAGGACCUGAAGUGAAAGAAAAUUGGCAGUCGAUUGUCGAAAAAAAAAAAAAAAAAAAAUCGAUCGUUGACAAAUACGGAAGUGCUCGAAACACACAUGGACACUCACUCUGACUGUAACAUACUUUUAUCGCAAUAAAACUUUUUAAGUGCCGCA